AUGUCCGCCCCCAGUGUUGCGAGGCAGCUCGUAGUUUUCGACUUUGACUGGUCGAUGGCGGACCAGGACACCGACCGCUGGAUCUUCGAGGUAUUGGGUCCGGAUAUUCGUAGAAAGAUGAAGACGUUGAAGGAAGAGAUCCAAUGGACCGAUCUCGUAGCUCAAUCCCUUCGUGAAAUUCAUGGUCGAGGCGUAUCGAGAGCGGAAAUCGAGAACGCACUGAGGAUAAUGCCCUUCCAUCCGGCCAUGGUUCGCGCUGUAAAGAAGAUGAAGACAGAAGGUCAAACAACCUUCUUCUGUUUAUCUAAUGCCAAUUCUGUCUUUAUCUCCACCAUCCUCAAGGACAAAGGUCUAGAUGAUUUAUUUGAAGAGAUCAUCACCAACCCCGCUGAAUUCGAACCAUCUGGACUCUUGUCACUUCGUCGUAGAGUAGACCCAGAUGGUCCUCAACACAGUUGUACCGUUGGAUGUAGCCCCAACAUGUGUAAAGGAGAAGAAUUGACAGCGUUUCUCGAAAGACAUGCUCCAGACUUCGACCGAGUUAUCUACGUCGGAGAUGGCACUAAUGAUUUCUGCCCUGUACUCCGUUUGAGAAGCCAAGAUUUCAUCUUCUGCAGGAAAUUCCGUGGGCUAGAAAAGCGUAUUGCUAACGAAGGUGACAAGCUUGGUAUGCGUUGUCAGGUCAAAUACUGGGCAGGCGCAUGGGAAGCCGAGGAGCUGUUUGACCAGCUAACGUACUAG